GUUAGUCAUAUGGAACUAUCUAAGUGCUAAGUAGUUAGUGGGCGAAGGUGACACACAAAGCUUUUUCGAGCCAAGUCGUACAUACUAUGUAAAGGGCCUCUACACUAUGGUCUGUCUCUAUAGGCAGGCACCGCAGUAUUUUAUGUCUUGUAAUGAUCAUGUGGCUUCCUUGUAUGACAGUGCUUCAGCGGCUGGACCACCACAAGAUCCUGUUACCUCCUUGACAUGAACACUGUUCUGCUACCUUCAGUUUCGCAUGUUGUAUUGGUUUGCGAGGUGGCAUGCGGUCUGAUCAGCCGCAUUCAGCCUUGCGCCUAGGAGGUUGACACAUAGGCUAUGCCUUCUUACUUCUAUCAUAUCAAAUUGGAGCUUUAUAACAGCCCCCAGCCGAAGACCUGGGCAGAUACAAGAUCUCAGGCGGCUUCUCGUACGAUCUGGCUGCCGGGAGAGAGUUCGAACAUAUUCGAUACGCUCCCGGCACAUCCUCGAGAUCAUUCCGCCUCGCCCAACCAUCACGCGCGAAACCUAUAUACUAAAUCUAGUGAGCUUACGACAACGACUUAUCCGGUCAUCGAUAACGGCGUAAUUGAUUGCGGCGCGCCCCGGCCCGCUGAAGUUCACGACGAAGGGGACAUUCCCGGUCCUUUCGUGCCGCGGCAACAACGAAGUGCUCUGGAUUUGCCGUUGCCACAUCCGGUUGCAUCUUUAGGUCCACAUAUUGCCACCAAAGACUGGCGAUUUGCACAGAUCAGAGUAGAGAGUAUCGACCUAGAUGGUCAACGGCAUAGCAACGCCAUGACCGAUAUGCCUAUCAUUGCCGCCGCGGCUGCUACUGUCGGCCCGUCGAUGGGCGCUGCGGGCAAAGCUACGAAAGCAUCGUAUUUUCCACUUAGAACGGCUAAAAACACAAACCUCGGCUGGGGUAUUGUACAUCUAUACCGCGAGGGAAAUAAGACCCCAGAGCUUCGUCUCCCGCCUGAAGAAGAGCCACGGGAAGACCAAAGUCAAGCUCAGCUCGAUUGUACAACCGUAUGCAUUCCGGCGGUACCUAGCUAUCUCUCCCCUGGCGAUUUUCUCGGUUUCAUAGGGGACAAGUGGAGGGUUUAUAUCAGCCAUUACCGUAUGAUCAUGACUGGUCGAAUGAACCGGUACCUCGUCCUCAUGAAAUUUCGCGAUAGCAAACAAGCCAGGUUAUUUGGGAAAGAGUUUGAUGGUAGAGUCUUUAACCAUGUAGAGCCAGAAACUUGCAAUGUCGCCUUCAUAAGAUCCAUCACCUUCGAUACACAGACAGCGCCCAACGCCAGUUUUCCAGGUCUUAACCAUGAUCCCUUCAUGCCGUCCACUGUGCCAGAGUAUAAUUCUCUGAAGCCCUUCCCACCGCCGACGCCCGAUCUGAUCGAACUCCCCACCUGCCCCGUUUGCCUCGAGCGAAUGGACGACACUACAGGCCUACUCACAAUUCUCUGUCAGCACGUUUUCCAUUGUUCCUGCCUCCAGAAAUGGCAGGGUGCUGGGUGCCCUGUAUGCCGACAUACAAACACACUGAAUAACACCACGGGCUUAUAUCUGUCACCCAACGCUACUUCCACGACGUCAUACGGACCAGAAAAGCCUUCCGCACAACCUUUCGGAUCCAAUGUUUCCAACCUCUGUUCAGUUUGUGACUGCACUGAAGACCUUUGGAUUUGCCUAAUAUGUGGUAACGUAGGGUGUGGUAGAUACAAAGGGGGGCAUGCAAAAGGACAUUGGAAAGAUACAGCACACACAUUCUCUCUCGAACUAUCUACUCAGCACGUAUGGGACUACGCAGGCGAUAUGUGGGUUCACCGGCUAAUCAGAGACAAAGGUGAUGGUAAACUGGUUGAUCUUCCUGGACACCACGAAACAGGGAGCAGAGACCAAGGCGAGGAUGUAGUGCCCCGAGCUAAAUUAGAUAACAUUGCGAUGGAAUACACGCAUCUUCUUACGAGUCAAUUGGAAAGUCAACGUCUCUAUUUCGAGGAGAUGUUAUCGAAGGCAGUCGACAAAGCAGCCAAGGCAUCGGCUCUCGCCGAGAGAGCGACGGCUCAGGCCUCGGAUGCCCAGAAAGAGUUGCGGGAGAUUAGAGUGGAGCAGCAGAACAUGCGGGCCGAGAUUAUCCCAUCACUUGAGAAGGACCUGCAACGCGAGCGUAGCCGUGGGACCAAGUCGACAGACCUGGCGCGAAACCUAGGCAAGAGCCUCCAGGAGGAGAAAAAGGUUUCAGAAGGGCUGAUGAAGCGCAUCGAGCACAUCAGCAAAGAGGUCGAAAAUCUUGAUCAGCAAGUUGCUGCAUUGAAGGUAGAAAAUGCAGAUUUAAAGGAUCAAAACCACGACUUAACUAUGUUCAUCUCGGGCCAAGAAAAACUGAAGGAAAUGGAAGCUGAAGGACAGCUCGCGGAAGGGGAGAUACAAGAGGGCAGCGCCUCGGUUCCCGAAGAUAAGAAGCGACGCAAAGGAAAGGGAAAAGCAAAGAAGUAGAGUUAGUUGCCUUAAUGGCAAAUGAUCGUACUGGAUACCUAAGUAGGUAGGUUAGCGAAGGUAUCGUGAGGAAGGCCAUAAGUAGCUUCGAAGAGCUUCUUGGCCCCACGAGGAGCUACAGUACAUUGAGGACUAGGUACCUAGGCAUCCACUUUAACGAAUGAAUUUAGAUCACCCCAUUGUCACAUGCCAACGAUCCAUAGGAUAAUCGUCGUGACUGAGAUUUAAUUAUGAGAUGAGUUUUUUUUUUUUUUUUUUUUUU